UGCCAUAAACAAACAAUUCAAGUCUUUUUCACACGUCAUCUACUCACUCUAAAGAUCAAACCAAAAACGCAAAAUUAGUCUGGAGUAGUUACAAUCGUGCGUUGAUGUCCCUCCUUACAGAGUAUUAUGUCUUUGAAGCUAAGUCUUUUCUAACCGUUGGAGUAUACGUACAAAUGAUUGCCUGUUCUAAUAUUUGAAAUCUUUUUCCCUUUUCAAGCUUAAAAACGUUGAAGACAAAAGAUAAGAACUUACAGGAUCUUGUUAUACUAAUAGAUUAUGAGGUUUUAAUUAUUUUAUUGGUUUUAUGUUUUAGUCUUUAGUGAUAUUGUUGAGGGGUCCCUUUCACAGUUGAAAAAGAGUUGCUUUCAUGGCAUUUGAUUACUGGAGAAAGGUGUAUUAAAGUAGUAACACAUAUACUUUUCUUUGUUAUCUGGUUUCUAGGGGACUUUUACAGAUAACCCCUCAGUCUUUGUCUUGUAUAUCUAUUGAAAGAUGUCUCUUUUGUAUACCCUUUUUUUCGAAAGCUUAUGUUGUAUCUUCUAUCUUUGAUGGGCUUGGUCAUCAUUGAGUGACGACUUCCAAAGAACCUUGAAUGCCGUGUUGCAACUAUGAAGUCUUGUGAUGAUAAAGUUUGAUCUUGCUCCAUAGCUUCGACUGUACAUUAGUGAUCACAGCAUUACAAGUUAUUUGACUGCGUAAUGUUAGAUGACUUUCUAGAUGGUACUCAUUCAAGUCUGAAAAGCUUGAGAGUUUUAAACCAAUUGUGAAUAAUGAAGAUGUGCUUCAUAGUCAUCCGGCAAUCAAGAGAUUGACUUGAAAUUUAAGGUGUGCCAAGUGAAUUGCAAGAAGUACGCAAGUUGGACCGGGAAAAUGAGGCUACAACUGGAAAGAGUUCUUCUUUGUCUGAUUAAUCUGGUUUGGAUUCAGCAAGGUUUUUCUGUGGUAGAUGGAUAUCCAAAUACAUCUGAAACAAGCAACUGGACAUGCAGCUGUUCUACUAAUGACCAAAGCAAUCUGACUUUUGCUGUCCCCACAAGCUGCUAUUCAUCCUGUGACUGCAAUCCCGCUACAGGAGGCUCUGGUGAAAACAGAUGGAUGUGUCUAUGUGCGUCAGAUGGUCUGCCUAAAGUGGCUACUGGAAACAAUUACACCAGCUGUUUUUCUGUAUGCAAGUGCAGUUCUGGGGCUUGGAUUGAAGAGCAGUCUUCGAAGAAGCGGAUCACCAGCAAAGUUCUCAUAAUUAUUCUCUUAAUAUGCAUUACACUGACAACUCUAGCUUUUGUAGCUUCAUUAUUGUGCUACAUCUAUCGAAAGGAUAAAUGGCAUACCCAUCGAUCAUUAUUCUCAUCAGAUAAACAAUCAUCAGAUAAACAAACAAGUUGUAACAGUGCUACCAGCUUAAUCAGCCAAGGGGCUUCUUACUUUCCAACAUACGGAGGCUUAUUUAGUACCCGGGUUAAAUCUACAGCAGGAUGCUUUCCUAAGCCGUCAUUGCUAUUGAGAAACAAGUCUGGGGCAUUGCAAGGAACGAUCACAGAGUUCUCCUAUUCUGAAUUGGAAAGUGCAACAAACAAGUUUUCUGAUUCUAAUUUGAUUGGAGUCGGAGGAAGCAGCCAUGUAUACCAUGGCCAUCUCAAGGAUGGUAAAGUUGUGGCAAUAAAGCGAAUGAAAACUCUUGUGGGAUCUGAUGCAGAAUCCAUAUUCCUCACAGAGAUAGAACUGAUAGCAAGACUGCAUCAUUGUCAUGUGGUCCCUUUGCUUGGCUACUGCUCAGAACGCCAAGGAAAACAUGCAGAAAGGCUGCUUGUGUUUGAGUAUAUGUCCAAUGGUAACCUGAGAGAGUGUCUGGAUGGGGCUUCAGGAAAUUGUUUGGAUUGGGGUACUCGUGUCACAAUUGCACUUGGAGCUGCAAGGGGCUUGGAGUAUCUUCAUGAAGCAGCUGCACCAAGAAUAUUGCACAGAGAUGUCAAAUCCACAAAUGUACUCUUGGACGAGAAUUGGAGAGCAAAGAUCACCGAUCUUGGUAUGGCAAAGCAGCUUCACAGUGAUGGAAUUCCCAGCUGUCCCAGCUCGCCAGCAAAAAUGCAGGGUACUUUUGGCUACUUUGCUCCAGAGUAUGCAAUUGUUGGAAGAGCUUCUCUUAAGUCAGACGUUUUCAGUUUUGGGGUGGUUCUACUUGAAUUGAUUAGUGGACGACAGCCCAUCCAGAAAUCUGAUAGUAAAGGGGAAGAGAGCCUUGUGAUAUGGGCGACACCUCAAUUGCUAGACAGUAGGCGGGUGACCUCAGAGUUGCCAGACCCAUGUUUGAAAGGGACCUUCAAUGAAGAAGAGAUGCAGAUUAUGGCUUAUUUAGCCAAGGAGUGCCUGUUAUUGGAUCCUGAUUCUCGACCAACCAUGAGUGAAGUGGUCCAAAUUCUUUCUACUAUUGCACCAGAGAAAUGUAAGAGAAAGAACAUGUCUGUACAAUUAUUUCAGAGCUCAUUUAGCGGUGUCAAGGGAAGUGGAUCCAUAAACAAACAAACUUUUGAUCCUGUUGAGAACGAGGAGAUAAAGCACAUAAUGUUGGAUAAAAAUCUAGGUGGAGAGUCAUUUGCUGUAGACAUCAGCUCUAAACCAUGUCUUGAAGAGUAUGAGAAAGUAGCAGAUCCUGUUUCUGUUGAGUACAUAGAGAAAUUGAUUCUUCUAUCAUCAGGUGCUAGAAGUUGGCAUUCGCAAGAGGAUGAAGCAGUGGACUUAACUGAACCCCGUUAUGAAUCAUUCUGUAUGUCAAAUGUCAAUGUCCAGUAACUGCAUUUGCAGUUAGAAACUGCAACAAACAGCAGAUGCUUUUCAGUAGGUCUCCAUAGUGAAAUAUUUGCUGUUUCACUUGAUGGUAAGGAGCUCUGACUGCGGUCUGGUUUUCAUUUUUCCUGGGAAAUCAGAUGUUUGUCAGAUUAUCUUACUGGUAAUUCAUUUCUUUAUUUUUUUCACAGAGUUCAAUGUAAAUACUUUUUAGAGGCGCUCUUUAAGUGUUUUUCUUUAUAGAUGUAAUAUCAAACUUGUACAGAAACCUCUUGAAUUUCAUGUCCAUAAAAUUUUAAAACUUGGGGGCAUUAUUGGUGUCCACGGCAAUUUCUUCCA